AUUACAAAUUCCAUGACAAACAACCCGUCAGUUGGGUUUUGGAAAAAAACCUGGGCAAAUAUUAAGAAAAUCUCUCUAAAAAAAUCUUAUGGUAAUUCCGAAGUAAAGGUCCGUCAAACGAAAUCCCAACAAAAGAGUAUGUCAGUAUGGAAUUUUUGCAAACAACACAUAAAAAGAAAGUUUGAACUGUGUUUAUGCUGUGUCAAAUCUACUCCUGACGAAUUAGAUGAAGAGGAAGUCUAUGAACCUCUUCAACAUUUUGUAAAUCCACAAAUUUGUAAAGAGUUAAAUACACAUGGAGUACUGCUUUCUGACGUUUUGAAAAACGCAAUACUUCAAUUAACGUUGAAUAAUUUUUAUAAUGGUUAUCUUUUUUUCUCAAACGAAAUCCGUCAUAAAGAAAAAAUUUACAAUUUAGUUGUCAACGUUUUUUUAUGGAAAAUAAAGCUAAAUUAUGUGCCAACAAUCGGAUACACAAAUAAAAUUGUGAAAACGCCACAAAACAAUGACUCUGGUGAUAAAAAACAUGGUAAAGUGUUGAAAAAGAAAACUCUCCUUACUUUUCCAACGAUAAGUCAUGCGUCGCAAGUGGGCUGUGGUCUAAAAAAUCAAGGCGCCACUUGCUACAUGAACGCUUACAUCCAAGUGUUGUUUCACACACCGGAAUUCCGGAACGUUNCAGGACUUAGUGUAUGUAAUAUUUUUAGUGGGCUGUGGUCUAAAAAAUCAAGGCGCCACUUGCUACAUGAACGCUUACAUCCAGUGUUGUUUCACACACCGGAAUUCCGGAACGUUAUUUUGAACAUGGCUCAUGAUCGUUGUACCGGUGACGACAUAAGCUACAACGUUGGACAACAGCUCCGGAAUCUUUUUCUUAGAUUACUUGAAAGAAAAACAUCAGCAGUAGAAACAAAAGAGCUAACUAAUAGUUUUGGUUGGACGCAAAAGAACUUCAAAAUUCAACAAGACGCUCAAGAUUUUGGCCGGUUCAAUUCACAAAUUACAAUUUUUGGUUAUGUUGUGCUUCUGGACUAA